AUGUCACAAUCGACCACGGAACCCGCAUCGGAGGGAAUCUUCGCGAUCGCCAAACCCACUGGAAUAAGCUCUGCGCAAGUCAUUCGGGAGGUCCAGCGAAGCUUCAAUCCUUCAGCUCUCUUUAAGCCGGGUCUAGACAGAGAAUUCGAGCGUCGAAGCAGAGAGCCUGGCUUCGAGAAGAGAAAGCGCAGUGCUGCAAAGCGUGCAAUGAAUGUGAAGAUCGGCCAUGGUGGAACUUUGGACCCCUUAGCAACGGGUGUGCUCAUCCUCGGAAUUGGAAGCGGCACUAAGAAGCUAGGCCCCUUCAUGACGGAGUGCAACAAACAAUAUGAAGCGGUCCUACUCUUCGGCGCAGCGACAGACACAUACGAUACUGAAGGCAAAGUACUGUCCCAUAAACCAUACGAACACGUCACACGGGAAGCUGUUGAGAUUGCUCUUCAGAAAUUCAAAGGGCAGAUCAUGCAAAAGCCUCCAAUCUAUUCGGCUCUACGUGUUCAAGGGAAGCGAAUGUACGAGUAUGCAAGAGAGGGAAAAGAGCUACCGAUUGAGAUCAAAGAGCGCCCAGUCAGUGUUCUCGACAUUGAAGUGAUCGAAUGGAUGGAAGGCGGAACGCAUCCAUGGCAUUGGCCGGAGCAAGAAGCAGAGCUCGAGGACAAAUUAGUCGCCAGAAAGGCUUUACAUAUCGAGGGCGAUGUGUCUGCUUCGGAAGAGGCUUCAUCUAUUUCAGCGAAGAGGAAGCGGGAAGACACUGCUCCUGGGCCCGAUGAUGCUUCUCCCGAGCUAUUGGAUAAAAGAGUAAAGACGGAAGAACAAACACCAAGUGGUCAGCCAAGUCGUUCGACUGAUGAUCUACCCACGUCAAAUGCAGAAGUCCAGACUGCAAACAAAGAGAAUCCAGCAUCGGCCAUUGAUGUCCCUGGUGGUGAUUCCACUGCCCCGGAGACAGCUACUCGGCCGCCUUGUCCCGCACCGGCCUGUCGGAUACGUAUGGAUGUCACGUCUGGAUUCUACGUUCGAAGUUUAUGUCACGAUCUCGGGGCAGAAGUAGGAUCACUUGGGAUCAUGGCGAGUCUGGUACGCACCCGACAGGGCCAAUUCAAGCUCGGAACGAAUGUUUUGCCCUUUGAGGAUGUGAGCAAAGGUGAAGAGAUCUGGGGACCAAAGGUGGAAAGCCUGUUGAAGCAAUGGCAGGAGAAUGAGAGUAAGGGUCGGAGUCGUGAGUAG